AUGCCUUCAACUGUGCCAACUCGACUUCCUAAUGCUGCACAAAAGCUUGAUAAAAGUAAACUUUAUUUAUUUAUUCCUAAUUUCUUGAAUAUUCGACGCCAUUUUAAAGUUUUCAAAGUAAUUGACAUUGAAAGGCAAAUGUUAAUAAUACAAUUACCCAUUGAAAAAUCUCUUGUUAUUGAUACAGUUGAUAUGAGUGAUCGUCUUCGACGAGAAAUUGAUAGUUUAACAAAUAAUGGAGAUAAUAUUGAAGCUGGGUGUGGUUCAUCAUUAUGUAAUCUAUUUGAAAAAUAUGAUCGUGUUGUACAAGGUUGGAAUGUUAUAUUAACAAAUCCUAUUAAAAUAUGUCAAACAUCAUUGUAUACAAUUUAUUUAAAUGAUAUUAUACAAUAUCAAUAUUUAGUUUGUCGUUCAUUACUUGAUCUUAUUAAAGAAAGUAAAAAUAAAAAUUGGCAUAUACCAAUUCUUAUUCUAACAUUAACUGGACUUCGUCUUUUAACUAAUUAUUUUACAAUAAAUAUAUCAACUGAUAUAAAUGGACGUACAAGUCCACCAACACAACAUAUUGCUAAAUUAUCAAUAAAUAAUGAUCGACAAAUAUCAGAAACACAUGUAAAUAAAACAAUUGAAUUACUUACAGAAGCAUUUCAUGUAUUUACAAGUGAUCGUUGUACUGAACAACGUUUAUCAAAAAAUAUGGGGAGCUAUACAAAUACUUAA